CGUUUCUCUACCCUUCCGACAGAGCUGUCGCGAUCGCGUCUGGACUUUGAGGCUCGGUAGCGUCUCUCGGUGCGAGCGUCUUUCUGAAGGAGGAAGAGCUGGAAGAAGGGGGCAGUUGUGGUGGUUUUUCUUCUUGCUGGGUCAGCCUUGCUGGAUGGUCGCCUUACUCUGGUGGACACAGCAGAGCGAGAGGCUUGAUUAUUUUUUUUUCCCGUGAUUGUUUUUCGUGGUGAUCACCCUGCAGAAAUAACCACUUUUCUCCCAGUUUGCCGGUCCGCACCGAGGCAGCAGGAAUAUGCUCAUGAAGGAGUACCGGAUCUGUAUGCCUUUGACAGUUGAAGAGUACAGAAUUGGACAGCUGUACAUGAUAAGCAAGCACAGCCAUGAGCAAAGUGACCGAGGUGAAGGUGUGGAGGUGGUGCAGAAUGAACCCUAUGAGGAUCCAAACCAUGGCAAUGGUCAGCUAACAGAAAAAAGAGUCUAUCUCAACAGCAAGCUGCCUAGCUGGGCUAGAGCAGUUGUUCCCAAAAUAUUUUAUGUUACAGAGAAGGCUUGGAAUUACUAUCCUUACACAAUCACAGAAUACACAUGUUCAUUUUUGCCUAAAUUCUCCAUUCAUAUAGAGACAAAAUAUGAGGACAACAAGGGGAGCAAUGACAGUAUUUUUGACAAGGAAGCUAAAGAUCUGGAGCGAGAAGUCUGCUUCAUCGAUAUUGCCAGCGAUGAAAUUCCUGAGCGCUACUACAAAGAAUCAGAGGAUCCUAAAUAUUUCAAGUCACAGAAGACUGGGAGAGGCCAAUUAAAAGAAGGCUGGAGAGAGACCCAUCAGCCAAUUAUGUGUUCCUACAAACUUGUGACUGUGAAAUUUGAAGUCUGGGGACUUCAAACCAGAGUAGAGCAGUUUGUACACAAGGUGGUCAGAGAUAUACUCUUGAUCGGUCACCGACAGGCUUUUGCCUGGGUUGAUGAGUGGUACGAUAUGACUAUGGAUGAUGUUCGAGAAUACGAGAAAAAUAUGCAUGAAAAAACCAACAUUAAAGUUUGCAACCAACAUUCAUCUACUGUGGAUGAAAUAGAGAGCCAUGCCAAAGCAAGAACAUGACAAUGGAUGAAGUCCGAGAGUUUGAACGAGCA